UUGCAAUUGGCAUUGCUGCUUGCGCCUUUUUCGGGAUCGUCAUUGCAGUUUUGGUCUGGCUCUUGAUGAAGGAGAAAGGAAAGGAUAAGAAAAAGGGAGGGAAGCAGGACGCCGAACGUGCAGAAGAAGACCGUCUGCUUGCGUUGUACAAGGCUGAGGAGAAGACCAAAGGCAAAAAGGUGGUCGGGACAUUUGCUGCAUGGAAAAAGGAUGUGAGUUUAAAAUUCCAUUCUUUAUAA